AUGGUCACAGUUCACUAUAAAAGGAAAACCGCGGAUUUUCGGAAACAUUUGUGUGACACGAUGAGAACCGGUCUAUUGCUUUUGGCGAUCGUUCUGAGUGCGUUAAGUGCAUCGGGGAUGCGAAUCAGACGAGGUUUCAACAACAGCGGGUACAGCAGAGGUGGCGGGAGCGGGUACGGACGUGAGAGCAAUGAGCGCGACGCUAGCGUCAGCAUAGAGAACAACAACGACUGCGGGGAUGAAGAAGAAAAAGGAUUUAACGAAAGCGGCAGUCGUGAAUUAGCCUACAACAGACAAGGGUACGGGUCAAAUGAAAAUCGUCGUGGUGGGCGCUCGUUCUCCAAAGCUACCGCCUCCGCCUCCGCGUCCGCUACUUCUUACAACUCGGACCAUAAGGGCAAUAAUGUUCCUGCCUGAUGAAAUUUUCAUUUUGUCGACGCUGAAU